AUGGCAAAAAACACCCCUCCGCACUUCUUCGACAUCACCUCGACGCUCCCAGGAGCGUCGCAGUCCUGGUCCCCAAACACCAUGCGAACUCGCAUGGUCCUCAACUACAAGCGCAUUCGCUACACGCAGUCCUUCGUCUCCUACCCCGACAUCGCGCCGCUGCUCUCCCAUCUCGCCGUCCAGCCCCAUGCCCAGGGCAUGCCCUACACCCUCCCGGCCAUCGUCCACCCCUCCGUCUCCUCCAACCCCAACGGCGCCCUGAUGGACUCGCUCGCCAUCGCCGCCCACCUCGACCAGACCUACCCCUCGCCCCCGCUGUUCCCCGCCGGCGACGCCAGCUACGCCCUCACCCUCGCCGUCGCGCGCCUCGUCUCCAAGGUCGUCGCCCAAUGCGGCCCGCUCGUCAUCCCCAACGUCGCCGAUCUGCUCGACCCCCGCGGCCGCGAGUACUUCAUCAAGACGCGGUCGGCCCGUUUCGGCAGGCCGCUGUCCGAGGUGCGCCCGCGCGACAAGAACGAGCUGCGCGCCAUGAUCGACGCCGCCAAGGCGGAGUUUGUCCCCAUUGCGCAGAUGCUGCUGGGCCGGCUGGGGAAGAAGGGCCCCUUCUUCGAGGGCGAGCGGCCCAGCUAUGCGGAUUUUCUGGUCGUGUCGUUGCUGGCGUGGUUUGAGCGCGCGGAUCGGCCGCUCUUCGAGGAGUUUGCGGCGCUGGGGGAUGGUGCGGUCAGGGCUCUGUGGGAGGCGUGUUUGCCGUGGGUGAAUGGCCAGGGCGAGGAGAAAGAGUGGCCGGUGCCGAGGUGA